UGCCGAGGCAUGUUGGGCUCUACUGCUAAUGGUCGUUUAAUGGGCCCCGUUGGUGUUGGUUCAUCAACGUCGUCAAUAUCGGCCGCCACCGUCGCCCAGCAGACAUCAUCAUCAUCGCAGCACACGUCGGCGCAGCAACAACACCAUCAACAGCAGCACCAACACCACCAACACCAUCACCACCAUCAGCAGCAGCAGCUCGGCCACCAUCAGUUCCCGGGACUUCCGCCGCUGCCGCCCCCAACGCACCUGCACCACCAGCAGCACCCGCACCAUCAACACCACCAUCACCAUCGCAGCAUAUGGCCGGCGCUAGCGACUGCGGCAGCCGGCGGCCGAAGUGCAUUCGAACUGCAGCAAACCGCAACCAAUGGCGAAGUGACCGAAUCGCUAUUUGCGGCCAGCGGCUAUAACACUCCCCCGGCGGGCUCACCGUUUCUGCCCUGCUCACCGCUGGAGUUGGUGGCCAAGAACUUCCACAGCACCGGAACGGCACUCUCGUUUAGUCAAGCCAAUAGUAGCAUUUUCGUGCAAUCGCAGACGGACUUUAUCAAUGGCACUACUGCGGUCGCAAAGAAAACCGAAACCUGCAUCGGCCGCUGGGAGCAUGGCACCAUAGAACCACUACAGAUACAAGUCCCGUCGUCGGACACGCUCGGAGCGCCAACGAGCAGCGGCAGCAGCAGCUUCACUAUCAAUUCGCCCGAAAGCGCUGCUCCUGACCGGACUUGGAGUCAGUUUGUAAGGACAAGCACGCCGCCGGACAAGGAGCGGCGGCGGCGGCGACAACAGUACUACAGUGGCGCCGACGGCGCCACAGCAGGAACCAAACCGGGCGCGGGCCACACGGUUGAUGACACUCAGGCUGGCUGCUGGCGUAAUAAAUCAGCUUCCGUCGAUCGGUUCAAGCGCGAGCUGCUGCUGCUCCGAUGUCGGCCUGCCACCGAGGAGGACGUUAAGCCGGCCAGCCUGGCCGUGAGCCCAACCACCACCCAGCAGCAUCACUGCAAGCCCGAGCGCAAGUUCCACACACUCCUGCUGGAAGCGAUCGAGGAUCGGCAGAGCAGCGCGACCCCACGCCAACCCCCGGCGGUGGUCCGGUGUGCCCCGGAGCAGCUCGAAGCGGCCCCGGCUCCGGACUUUCGAGCUGCCGAGGAGGAAGAGUACGGGCAGGAGGACCGGAAGCCCGGCGUAGCGAAGAACGUCACUCAAACGGUGACUCCGCUGCUGACCACGAGCACGUCGUCCACGUCCACUGCGGCGGCAAAGCCUAGCUCCUCAGCGCCAUCUAGCGAGGCUGUCAAUCAUAGGCCCCGGCGUCGGUGGGCUGCCCUGCACUCGGCACACGUCGCCGCCCAGCCACCGGAUCCGGCAGCCGCCGUGCUGCUGACAUCCAGCUGCAGCACCCCGACGCACCCCGAACAGCGACUUCCGACCAAGAAGCGACGCUCGGUGCGAGUCGAUCGAACGCCAGACGAGGCCGCCACCGGCAGUAACACUGGUCGUGACACGGACAUCGGAACCGUUGCUCACAUUAAACGCGAACCGUGCCAAGUGUCCGAAGUGACGACAUCGAACAACUUCGAAGCGUCCAACACGACGGCCCUGAAUGCGAUCAUAAAGAUUGAAGCUUCCUCACCGAAGGCCACCAGCAGCAGCUGCAGCACCAGCACCGGCGGUGCCAGCAGCACCACCACCACAACCCGGAGCAACAUUCUCAGCCACAGCUCGGCCAGCAUCAUCAGCAACGUCACCGUAGGACCACCGGCCAGCGCCGGCGCCGUCGGUUCGAAUCCCGGCUCCGGCGGUGCUGCCAACGUAAGCGCCACGAUGGACCACCAUCUCGGGAUCGCAGCCUCGGUUCAAUCUUCCGGCCAUCCGCCGCCUCCGCCGCCACCCGGUGGUGCGGUGGGGGCCAACGCCAACAUCCCGGUCGGUAUUGCGGUCGCCCGCCAGCGGCUCCAGGAGAGCUCCUCGAGCUCGGCCACCGCGGCGUCGUUGUCGCCCCAGCUACAGACCAAAGAGCUGAACCGCUUCGGCUUCGGAUUCGCGGCAGCGGCAGCGGCGGCAGCCGCAGCAGCAGCAGCGGCCGCAGCAGGCUGCUCGGUCAAUGGCUCCGGUCCCGGCACGACGGCCUCCGAUUUGGGCUGCGCAACGCCAAGCCUCGGCCAGAACAUGUUUUUCGCCGGCACCAACUCUGCCAUGAUUCCGCUCGGCUCGGACGCCGUCCGGACACCGCCGGCCCUGUGGCAGUAUCCUGUUAACGGUCUACGUCAAAUCUCUGGCAUCCAAAACAAGUACGGCCGGCAGCUCGACCUGAUCUUCACGGACUCUAACGACUUCGCCGAGCGCGUGGCCGUCCAGGCAGCGGCCGUCCUACUCAUCCCCGAGGACGACUACCAUCCAGCACUUUCGCUCUCCAUUGGGCAACCGCCUAGUGGACCAAUGGCUCCAGACCGGUACUCUGGUCCAGCACCCGUCCCGAUGGAAUCGAUGCUGCCGAUGCCCCCGAUGCCCCCGGUCGGGUUUCAGCUCGUGCGCGACCCCGGCACCGGCCAGAUUCUGUUCCUACCAGCCGCGGCCACAAUCGCCAAUCCGCCAAACCUGCUCGAUAAAAUCUAUAUUUCUUGUAUAGAACCAUUCCAACAAGCGGUCGUGUGGCCGUCGUACCCGCAGUCGGCCACGUCGGCCCUCCAGCCGCCCCAUCUACUGCUACCGCAGCUUCCCCAGCAGCCGCAGCAGCAACUGCAGCCGCCACCACUGGCCCCGCUGCAGGUCCUUAGCUCGGACUAUCUGGCCACGGCCAGUACCACCCUGCACCAGCAACACACACAAACGCACCAUAGCACGCGUUACCUGGCGCUGACGUCGGAUUCGAGCAGCAAACGAUCGACGACGUCAGGGGGAAAACACUCGACGUCCGGCGUCUGCGGUGGUUCGUCCACCUCGUCGUCGUCCCUCGUUCCCAGCUCCUGCAGCCAGCCGGUAAUACCGAUGCCCAUCCACGCGCCGCAUGCAUUUAUCAAGAUCGAGGACUCCGCCAUCGGAUUCGGACCGAUGCCGAGCUGCUCGACGUCCCAUCUGACGUCGUCGCUGUUCGGGUCACUCACCACUGGCGAUCACCACACGGACAAAAUGACGACGACGCUGGCCGGGGCCAACCACCACCAUCUAGCGACCCUAACGACGCCAACCGACGCCCUGGCCGCCUCGCAGCUACUCUUCCACCCCGGCAAUCUGAUCCAAUUCACGCCGACCACCACAAACAAAUCGCAUCCUGCCGCGCUGCUCGAUGCGUCGGCGAUGGGCGCGGGACUCGCGUACUCGACCGUGGCCAACCCGACUCCCCCACCGUCGGCACUUCCGGCGGCCACUCCAUCGCUGUUGCUCUCCUCGACCUCGAACCACCAGCCGCCGGUCCUGAAUCCGCCGAUUACGGGACCGAUCGGGCCGCAAUCGCUCGUGCCGGAGCUCGUUCCGACGGUGGCCAGCAGCUGUCUGACGCCUCCACCGGAUUCUACCGGCCACUCGGCUGAGGAGAGCGGUACGAUGGGCGCCACCGAGCCGGAGGUGGUGGUGGCCGAACCGCCGGAGGUGCAGGACGCCAACAUACAAACCGACACGCCGGUCAUGAGCGAAGACGACAACACGCAGCUGGCCGGCGGCUGCGGGGACUCGGAAGUGACGGAGCGUCCGUCGCACGACGGGUCCGCCACGCUGACCUCCGCUUUCCACGCGCUGACCAGUGACCCGCUGUCCUGCCAUCAUGGCGCUGUGCUCAUCAGCAACCAGACCACCGAUCCAUCGGCCCACGAACCAUCGGCCGUUGGUGUCACUGUCUCCAACUGUGAUCGGGUGGACAUGGAGCUGGAACCGACCAAAAAGCAUCCUCCGCCGCUGGCAGCGAUCCAGCUCGAGCCGGAGAACCUUUCGGUCGGCGGCAAUGCAUCCGCCCCCCGCCGGUUAACGAAGCUGGAACUCCACUCGCCGACCCAGCCGGAGUCCGUUCCUCCGAUCGAUUCCGUUCCUCAACCACCGCCGCCGCCGCCACUGGUGCCAGUGUCGGCCGUCGUCGUCGGCCAUCAGGAGCACCCGGUCGAUCUGAGUGGGCUCGAGCUGCUCUCGCACAGUAUCGAGGUGUUCCAGAAGAAGGCUUCGCUCAUCAAGAAGGAACCGAUCUCACCGCAACACCCGACGGCGGAACCGCCCGUCGUGGCCGUUCCGACUCUAGUAGUGCCAUCGACGCUCCCUCCGGCGCCUCCUGCCAGUGAGCCAGUACCAGUCGCGGACCAACAACCGCCCGCUGCCUUCGUUCCGCUUCCACCGACGUCCGUUCCGGAGGCGUUUUUGCGUGCCGACGAACCGAUGGGUGGCCUGAACCUGCUGUGCGCACUGGCCGAGCAGCGGUUCCAGGAGGAGGGCAUGUUUAAGAAGGACUCCCCGGCCACCACGGCCAGUUCGAGCAGCAGUUCGAGCAGCAGUUCCAGCAGCGCGAGCAGCACUGCUCCGUCAUCGUCCUCGUCGUCGCCGGCUUCGCAUCCCGAUUUGUCGGGCAGCGACAAAGGGCAUGUUGAGAGUGCCGGGUCUUCCCCCUGCGCUGGCAGCAUCACCCUCCCAGUGACGGUGGAAGCCGGAUCCGGGUCGAGGAAGCGGAAACACAAGCAUUCCAAAGAGUCGAAGAAAGCGAGCAAAAAGUCCAAACAGGAGAAGGAACAGCGGCGCGCGGAGAAGCGCCGCAAGCAUGGGUUGCCGGUGGACGGUGGUGCCGGCGGGCAGCAGCAGCAGGACGGCCAGUUCGGUGCCGAGAUCAAGGAGAGCCUGUCGCGCGUGAAAGCGAAACUAGCGGGCGCGGGCGGUGGAGGGGCCGGCGCGGGCGGCCGGUGUGGCUGUAAGGAUGGCCACGAGAAGGACCAUCGCUGCUGCCGGACAGUGCAGUGGCCGACGGCGAACGAGCUGUUCAGCGUGAUGGAGUCGGACAUGAAGGAGCGCCUGGAGCGCAUUACGCGCCAGUGCGAGGAGAAGAAGCGCGAGCUGGAGCAGAUGAGUACGGCGGCGGUGGCCAAGGUGAAACCGAUGGCGGCCACAGUGGCGGCCGCCGGCAGCAUGGUGCGGAUACCGGAGCUGAGCAAGAGCUACUUCGGUGGCGGCGGAGGCUUCGGUGCCGUAGCGGCGGCCGGUGGACUGCUGGGCAGUGUCAUCCCGACGCCUGCCAGUGGCAUGCUCGGUGCUUUCGGAUCCGGCACACUCGGUGGCCACUCCCAGCCCCUGGGGGGGCCCAAGUUCAGCACCAUUCCGGCCCUGUCCCCCAGCUUCUCGUCGUCCUCGAAUUCGACGACGUUCGUGGAGCUUCCGAAGCUCAGCUCGGACACGGAUUCGAGCGGUAAGCGAGACCCGGACGACGAUGGGUGCUGCUCGACGCUGACCUACUCGAAGCGCAAGGGCGGCAUCCCGCGGAAGCACGACGAGCUGACGCUCACCGAAACGAUCGUGGCGAAGAAACCGAAACAGAGUCUGGUCGGGUAUAUCCUCGCCUCGAAAAACACGGUCGGCGGAGGAAAGGAUGCGUCCCAAACGCUGGUCCCAAAACCGGACCCAAAGCUGCAGCAGCAGCACCACAACCACUGGAGCCACGCGCUGCAUCAACAAUCGGCGUCGGCCAACAAUGCGCUCGUCGUGCCCAAACACCAACCUGCUACGGGGCCUUUGCUCCUCGGCCAUCCGAUCAGCGAGUCCAAGUUCAAAAAGUCGCCGAUCCACUCGUCCAAGUUCGAGAGCAGCGCGGCCAGCGACGAUGCCAGUAACCUGUCGGACAGCUCGCUGAAGAAGAUCAAGUCGCCGCCGGGUGGUUGUGGAGUCGCCGGCGCCGGAGUGUUUGCGUUCGAGGACGAGAACAGCAAACCGUCCGAGGCGGCCUUCAGCAUCUUCGGUGGCAAGCCGUCGAUCUUCGACAAGGUCAAACCGGGCGUUGGCUCACCGUUGGGGGGCUUAAAACUGUCACCGGUGAAGGCGGCCGUCGUGACGCCGCUCAUGAAAUCGCAGCUUCAGCACCACCUGGCGAACGGUGGAGUGGCCACACCGGUCAACGGGCACGCCACGACCACGAGCGUGGUAAAGCACAAGAAGUCGUCCCGUGGCAGCAAGGAGCGCAAGCGGCGCAGCUCGGAGAAGAAGCGCAUCGACCAGCGCUGCCUGCUGACCAGCGCGCACCUUGGGAAGGACAAAACACGGGUGCUGACGGCCAUGGGCGGUCUGUUCUACGCCGGAUGUCUGAGCGCGGUCCAGCCGCCCGACAUCUACGCCGUUACGCUCGACGGUGAGCGGGGAAAUCGGCCCCACAUCAUGUCCCGGGAGGAGGUCCUCCGCGAUGCGAUCCUGGAGGUGGCCCCCAAGUCGGUGGACGACAUCAUCCCCGGGACGCGGCUUUGCGCGUACUGGAGCCAACAGUACCGCUGCCUGUACCCGGGUGUGGCCGCCGAACCGGCGUCGCCCGACCCGGAGCAGCGGUUCGUGAACGUCGAGUUCGACGACGGCGACAGUGGCAAGAUCGUCCUCGAGGACAUCCGCUUCCUGAUGAGCGACUACCCGAUCGUCGAAUACGAUCCCAAUCCUCUUCUAUCGCUAGGCAAGCGCAAGCGACAGCCAAGUCACCCGGACCCGGCCGCCACCCAGCUCGGGACGCUCGGUCCGGUCAGUGUUCUCGGCUCGUUGUCCAGCACCCUUCCAGCAUCACCAGCGGUCGCGGCAUCAACCGCAGCAAACACCACGACGCCCCUGCUAACGGCCACGGUCACACCGAUGAUGUCCCCACUGGUAUCGUCCGGGGCCGGCGGUGGUGGGUCGUCGAUCAACAGCUUCGCCCUGGCGACGGAGCGGGCCGAGAAGCGGCUGCACGACGGAGCGUACCGGGAGGAGCGCCGGCGGUUGAAGAAGAUCCGCAAGGACAAACUGCGCCGGCUGGCGGCAACCAACGCCGAGCUGCUGGCGGCUGCCGCUGCCACUGGCGGCGGCGUCGCGCACAAGCACAAAAAGUCCAAAUCGAAGUGCUACGACGAGCUGUGCAAGCACCGGAAGCACAAGAAGCGAAGGAAGCACAAGAAGCAUCAUCGCGACGCGGACAUGCUGGUCCCGGUCAGUCCCGUCAGCCAUCAUCAUCAUCACCACGGUGUCCCUUCAUCGCCGGAUGUCGCUGGGGCGGGCUCGAUGGACGACGACAUCUCGCAGGGUGAUAGCGCCUCGCAAACGGCCACCGGCGGCCAGUACGGUGUGGCCCCGCGACAACGGGGCGUUUCAUCGUUGGCCGGCGGCAGUCCGAUCAUGUUCCCUCCGGCCUCGAGUGCCGGCGGCGCGGCCGACAAGGAGGACACCAUGACGGAGGAGGAAGUCAGCUCGUCCGUCACCGAGAGCUCCGGCUCGUACUACCAACCACAGAAGAAGUCGGCGGCCGGAGCGGAUCGCAAACCGUCGACGGAGCAGAACGGCAGCAAGAUUGCGGCCUUCUUGCCGGCCCGGCAGCUGUGGGCCUGGUGUGGCAAGGGGUACCGCCGGUCAACCGGUCGCGUCAAGAAGCAGUUCUACAAAUCGAUCCAGCGCGGCAAGGAGACGAUUUCGGUUGGCGAUUCGGCCGUGUUCCUGUCGACAGGGCGCCCCGAUCGGCCCUACAUCGGGCACAUCGAGUCGAUGUGGGAAACGUCCACCAACAACAUGGUGGUGCGCGUCAAGUGGUUCUACCAUCCGGAAGAAACGCAGGACUGUCCCAAUCUCAAGUACCCGGGUGCCCUGUUUCAGUCGCCGCACGAGGACGAGAACGAUGUGCAGACGAUAUCGCACAAGUGCGAGGUGCUGGCGUUGCGCGAGUACACCGGCAAGUUCGGGGCCGAUCCGAAGCAGUACACGGCGAUCUACGACAACAACGACACGUACUAUCUGGCCGGCUACUACGACCCCACGGUGAUGACAAUCAAGAUGCAGCCGGAAAUCGAGAUUCUUCCGGCGAACGAGCGGUGGGUCACCAGCAGCAGCAGCAGUACGGCCGGCGUCAAGGGCAAGGGUCACGGCCCGUCGACUUAA